CGUUACUGAUUACUCAGUCCUGGACCCAAAGCAACCGUUUACGGUCGCAUAAGGGCUAAAACCUAUUUAUCGACUUUGUUCCAGCUCGUAGGGCCGAACGACACCUUCUUCGGCACUGCCUCCAGCCUCCAGAUUUUACUCCGUGAGAGAUAAACCCUCUUAGAUUCUUUUGAGGAAAACAAUUUUCGUUAUUUUCCAUAUAUAAGAUCAAAGUUUCCUUAGUUCCUCAAGAUGUCUGGGGAAGAGGAAGAAAAUGCUGCAGAGCUGAAAAUCGGGGACGAGUUUUUGAAGGCCAAGUGUUUAAUGAAUUGUGAAGUUGCUUUGAUUCUCGAACACAAAUAUGAGCAGCUUCAACAAAUGUCUGAUGAUGCAGGGAAUCAUGUUUCUCAAGUAUUUGAGAAGUCACAGCAGUAUGUGAAGCGCUUUAGCCGGUAUAAAAAUCCAGAUGCUGUUAGACAAGUGCGAGAAAUCCUCAGUAGAUAUCAAUUGGCUGAGUUCGAGCUUUGUGUUCUUGGCAACCUUUGCCCUGAAACAGUGGAGGAAGCUAUUGCCAUGGUACCAUCUAUUAAGACCAAAGGACGGGCUCAUGACGAUGAGGCAAUUGAGAAAAUGUUGAAUGAUCUGUCGCUCAUCAAGAAAUUUGAAUAGAGACUUGUGCACUUGGAUGUUUUGAAGUGUCUAUCAAUUUGUAUUUACCGUAUCAUGAUCCUCUUAAUGUUUCCUAAUGAUGUGGUGUUGUAAUAUAAUCAUCCUAUAUACACGGCAACAUGCCCAAAUGAUCAGAUCAGAGUAGGUAACCGUUCUCAUCAUUUUGCAUAAACUCUCUCAGAUUGUUUUGGUAAAAGUAUGGAUGAGAUCUAAUACUAUUAAAAAUCAAUGUAAUUUUAUUCCAAACCUAAA